GACCGGCCGCCACACUGAGCGCACGUCCUUAGCACCCCACUCAUAAAAAUCGCAUAACGAAGUUCGGAAACUUGUGAAAUUAAAAUUCUAGUGCGGUUGGAUUGUUCAGUGUAUUUUUAUGAUGUAGCGUGGUAUUGACAGUUGUGUGGGCAUCGGAGCCAAUGGCAUCGUCGAGGUACAAAAACUUCGGCUGUCGGGAUAAAUAAAAAUGUACAGAUCGUGCAAAACAACAUUCAAUACGAACUGGAAAACGUGAGUGAUUAGUGGGCAUAAAAGUUGAACAAUGUGCGUGUGAGGUUCGAACACGACGUCGAAUCUUUCCGAGUGGGGGGCGCUGGCGACCGCGGCCAGCGAUGGUAUGGACUUUGUACUGGGGAAUGGGAGCGACGAGGGCUGGAACCAGACCCAACAGACCCAAGAGGGGGAGGAUCCGGACCUCUACAACUAUUGGGCGUGGAGCAUCGUAGACGGAGCUCUGAUGGUGCUCAUUAUAAGCGGGAAUACCCUGACCAUUCUCGCAGUUACCCUUAGUCGACGGUUAUCAUGCCUCGUCUCCAAUCAGUUCGUACUGAACCUGGCAAUUUCGGACCUAAUGGUGGGGCUCACGCUGCCAUAUCACCUCGUCUUCUAUCUGGACGCUGAAUUUGGCAAGAUCAAAUGGUCCUGUUUGAUGAGGUUCAUUCUCAUAAUACUGGCAUGCUUGGCGUCCAUUUACAACAUCAUCGCCAUAGCUGUAGACAGGUACAUCGCAAUAGUACACCCAUUGCACUACAGCCGAUACAUGACGAAACUGGUGACACGCGUGCUGAUGAGUGGCACGUGGACGGUGGCCGUUUGCAUCAGCUGCAUACCCAUGUUCUGGAACGACUGGCAUGAAGGUGUAUCUUGCGAAAUGAACAUGGUAGUACCAAAAACGUAUACGACGAGUAUCCUGGCACCGAUGUUCUCCCUCAUCUGGGUGGUUAUGUUCGUCCUGUAUUGGCGCAUCUGGCGUGAGGCCACCUAUCACGCGCGCAGGAUGCGAGCCAACACCUGCCGCCCCGCUGGAGGCAACGAUUGGAAAAGCAUACAGGUGGUGUUGCUAGUGCUGGGAUCAUUUUCGAUUUGCUGGAUGCCUUUCGUCGUGGUGGCGUGUGUGCAGACCCUCAGCGACACUUCGUUGAACAACCCUAUUGUGUACCGGCUUACAUCGUCUCUGGCCAUGUCAAAUUCCGGAAUAAAUCCGCUGAUAUACGCGUGGAAGAACGCAGGGUUCAGAGCGGCAUUCGCCAAGCUACUGCGUUGCAAACGUCCCGAUACUUCCGAGUAUAGAGGGUCACCCACUCCAGAAAGGAAAAGAGGUUCUGUCGCCCUUCGUGAAGGUUCCAUUUCGCGGGCCAGCGCCCCGAACGCCUUAACCUCGCUUGGUGGACGGCCCGCCAGGCUUGUAUAUGUGGAAAGAGAGAAUGACACGUCUCGUUGCCGGAUUAUAGAGAAUGCAGGGUAUAUUGACGGGGAAGAAGGUGAUAUAAACCCUUCGUACGCGCCGGAUGGACCCACUCCAGUGCACCGGCCAGCGGACCGACCCCCCGAUGUAGUGUAGUGUGAAAUGGACAUUCAAAGACGUUUUGUGGGAAACGUGAAACGCUUCUAGCAUUUAAAGUUGUUAGUGUAGGUACCCCCUUUGCAUUUAGGUACCUUCUACGCUCAAGUUUUUAAAAGCUUUAUUGUUGAAUUUUUAUUGAGAGAUUCUAAUGAUUUUCCUGCCAUAAUGAAAAUUUUAAUGUAAAAGAGAGGUUUCUGUCUACUAAAUUGAAAUGUUUAAAUGAUAUAAUUAUAACUAAA